AUGGGUGGUACUCGUGAAAAGAAGGUUGAAUAUUUCGCCAAGUUAAGAGAAUUGUUGGAAGAAUACAAGUCUAUCUUCAUCGUCGGUGUUGAUAAUGUUUCUUCCCAACAAAUGCACGAAGUCAGAAAGGCCUUGAGAGGUGAUGCUGUUGUGUUGAUGGGUAAGAACACCAUGGUUAGAAGAGCCUUGAGAGGUUUCAUCUCUGACUUGCCUGAAUUUGAAAAAUUGUUGCCUUACAUCAAGGGUAACGUUGGUUUCAUUUUCACCAACAAGGAUUUGAAGACCAUUAGAGAUGAUAUUGUCUCUAACGUUGUUGCUGCUCCAGCCAAGGCCGGUGCCAUUGCUCCUAUGGAUGUCUAUGUCCCAGCCGGUAACACUGGUAUGGAACCUGGUAAGACUUCUUUCUUCCAAGCUUUAGGUGUCCCAACCAAGAUUGCCAGAGGUACCAUUGAAAUUGUCUCUGAUGUCAAGGUUUUGUCCAAGGACCAAAAGGUUGGUCCUUCAGAAGCUACCUUGUUGAACAUGUUGAACAUUUCUCCAUUCACCUACGGUUUGACUGUUGUUCAAGUUUACGACAAUGGUCAAGUGUUCCCAUCUUCUAUCUUGGAUAUCACUGACGAUGAAUUGAUCUCUCACUUUGUCGCUGCCAUCAACCAAAUUGCUUCCAUCUCUUUGGCUACUGGCUACCCAACCUUGCCAUCUGUUGGUCACUCUGUUAUCAACCACUACAAGAAUGUCUUGGCUUUGUCUAUUGCCACUGACUACACUUUUGAAGGUUCUGAAGCUAUCAAGGACAGAUUGGCUAACCCUGAAGCUUACGCUGCUGCUGCUCCAGCUGCUGCUGCUGCUUCUGAAGAUGCUGCUCCAGCUGAAGAAGCUGCUGCUGAAGAAGCUGACGAAUCCGAUGAUGACAUGGGUUUCGGUUUGUUUGACUAA